AUGCAAAAUAAUCUUGAACAAUUUGUUCUUGUCUGUCUUGAUUCUUCAUCGAAUCAUUUAGUUGAUCAUCUUAAACAAUUUCAACGUCUAAUAAGUUGUGUACAACACUUCAAUGAUGCUAAUUCUUGUAUGGAUUAUAUUACAAAUAUUAAAAAUGAAAAAAUUCUUCUCAUUAUAUCAGUUGAACAUUUUCAAAUGAUACCAUCUAUCUAUCAUAUACAACAAAUUUAUUCGAUCUACAUUUUCAAUUUCAAUCAAUAUGAACAAGCAAAUAAAGAUACAUUAAAUUUUCGAAAAGUUCGAGGACAUUUCGAAACAAUCGAUAAAUUAUUUAGACAAAUAACAUAUGAUAAGAAAUAUAUUGCAUCAAAUCUUUUAACAAUAAACAGUUUUCCAACAUGUAGUACUCUAGAAUCUUAUGAUAUAAGUAAUCAAAUGAGCAAUAACAAUAUUCAAGAAGCAACAUUUAUGUAUUCGCAAAUUCUACGUAAUAUUUUUAUUAAUGAAAUCUAUAAAGAUAUUGAUAAAAAUGAGAUGAUUGAAUUUUUUCGACAACAAUACAACGAGAAUGAAACAGAAUUGGAAAAAAUUGAUAAGUUUGAACGUGAAUAUACAAUUGAACGUGCUAUUUAUUGUGAAUUUUUAUCAACAAAUAAAAAACGAGAAUUAGCAGAAAUCUAUAUUCAACGUGGAUUCGAUGAUAUGCAAUCGAUUCUAUUUGAAAUCGAAUUAAAUUAUACAAUAUUAACAUCAACUCCAUUUGCUGAUAUUUCUGAACAAAGUCAAUUCGAUUUAGAAGAAGAAAUUCUUCUAUCAAUGGGUAGUGUUUUUCGAAUUCAAUCUUUAACUCUUACUUCAGACAAUAAUUGGAAUAUAAAAUUGAUUCAAACUUCAGAUGAAGAUCAACAAUUAAAAUUAUUAUAUGAAUGGUUAAAUCAAGCUGUAUUUCAACAAUUGUCUUUGCCGGGAUUCAAUCAAGAUAUUGAUACAAUGAGUGCAACAUCAUCAAUUUUCGGUGAAAUAUAUUUUCAUCAAAAGAAAUAUGAAAAAGCUAUACUAUUGUAUCAGAAGACAAUUGAAUUGUUUAAACAACAUCCAGACAAAAGUGUUCCAUCGACUAUACAAAAAUGUUACACAGGUCUCAGUGAAAUCUAUUUAGAAGAAGAACAAUAUAUAAAAGGUAUGAAUGAAACAAAACCUUUAGGCUGA